CACCGUCGCCAGCGGACACAGAAAAAUCUACUUUACGCGAGUGAGGCGUACGUACGCGCGCGAAAAAUAUUCCACUUAUUUUACCUGCCCGUGCGUGCCGUCGUCGUUGCUGUUCCAUUGCAAUUGAAAGUGUUUUGUGUCUGUGUGUUUCGUUUGGAGCGGAUGUAACCCCGAGUGCAAUCUGAAGAUUUUAUAAUUAUAGGGUGAUUUUUUUUACUGUUUUUAACGAACUCUCCAGCGAAACAAACUUCAGUCAGAAGCUGAAGUUUUUAAGUAAAAUAGAAAAAAAGUGUCUAACGAACCUAUCGACUCGAAACUUAAACUACUGAAAAGAAAGAAAGAAAAAAAAACGCCAAACGCAACGAACAAGUACAAUCCAUGGAUGGAGUAAAUGGCUACUUAAUAGAUUUAGCCAAGAGAAACGCGAAAAUCUUACGCGAGCAAAGCCAAAUGUGCCGGUUUAGAGAAGGAGCUGGUGUGUUGUUAUGUUUAGUUUUUAAGUAUACACCAGGGCGUUUGCCAACACUCUAAAAGAGGGAGGCCGCAAGUGAUUUGAAUAUAUGCAAAUACGUGCUUCUCGGGAGACCAAAUUUAAGUUUGUGUUGAACGACGGAAGCCUCCAAGAACAAACCGAAAACCAAAAGCAGCCCCCGCCCAAGUUAAGUUUAGUGUUUGAGAAGACGAAGCUGUCAAGUGUGAAUCGAAGUGGCGUGAAGUGAAGUGAAGCCUGAGCGUGUUUCCAAAAAUAAAACAAAUAACCUCAUCCGUUUGUUCACCUGGCUGACUGGAAGUAAGCAGAAGUUGUUUCCCAACAUCAUCUAAAUAUCAGCAGCCAUCAUCGUCGUCAUCUGUCCCCAAGAGACUCUUCCAGUGAAAAAUCUUCCUUUUUGACGGCGAACGUUUCGAUGACAUAAUUGAAACAAAUUUGUCAGAUUCAUGAAACUUCAGCAAUUCUUUCCGGCAUCACGAAGAAGAUUGCCCCGCAAGUAAAUCUGUUUUAAUUCAAUCGUGGCAAAAGUUGAUGCUUACGCGACUUACUAGGAAGAAAAAAACCAACAACGCUCCAGGCGAUCCCGCGAAAAAUUAGCACAGAAAGAGAUUAUGUCAACGAAGAAAAGUGCAAGUGCAAAAGCGCUCAAAUGAUGCAACAACAACAUUUCGUUAUCGACAAAUAAGCCGGGGCAUAAAAAGCAGUUGUGACCAUAAGUUUGUGAGCCUUAUUUUGGGGGGACUCGCGAAAAGUGACCAGAGCUUAAGAUAGCCGAGACAGGAGUUUCGGGUGUUAAGAAAAAUAUAAACACCAAACCGGCUAUUAUUCCAGGCUCUCCGAGGCGUUUAAGUUUCAGCACGCGCGACGCUGAGGAAGAUAAAUACUCAUUCGGACCUGUGUUAUUAAGGGGUGUUUUUUCUUCUCUCGCCCCUCUCGAAUGUGUUUCCUUUUGAGGAGCCUUUGGGUAGCUACCAAGAAAGUUUCCUGUAUUUGCUGAGUCAAUUAUCGUCUGCCGAAGGAGCUAACAGCAGCAACCAUGUUUGCCCCAAGGAAUUCUUCCCCACUUCAUAUCUACAACAGUGACGAAGUUGCUGCUUAUCAGAUCAAACUCAAAAAGAUCCUCGGGCUCACAGUAUGCAGCAACGCCGGGCUAGACGUUUCAUCGACCAGCGGCGUUUUGGCCUAUCCAGCAGGCUGCACCGUGGUCCUAUUCAAUACCAAGAAACUCAGUCAGUCCUUUCUGCUCAAUACCGCCAAGAAAGCAAUCACAGCGGUCGCAUACUCCCAGUGCGGCCGCUAUCUGGCCACCGGCGAGUGUGGCCACAAUCCGUCCAUUAAGGUCUGGGAGCUGGAUGUGAAUGGGAAUGCCAACUACGAGAAUGGAGCUGCCGGGAGCAUCGUGGCCGAGUUUACCGGGCACAAGUAUGCCGUCAGCUGUGUGGCAUUUUCACCCACCGGGAAAUAUCUGGUCUCGGUAGGUUCCCAGCACGAUAACAUUGUGAAUGUGUUCGAUUGGAAGGCGAAUCUGAAGAUUGCGUCGAACAAGGUGAGUGCGAAAGUGGUUGCAGUGAGUUUCAGCGAAGAUGGCAAUUAUUUUGUCACGGUUGGAAAUCGACACGUGAAGUAUUGGUAUCUGGAGGGUAGCAGGAAGUAUAAGGAACCGAUUCCGUUGAUGGGUCGCAGUGCGAUUCUGGGGGAGUUGCGUAACAAUGAUUUUUGUGCGGUGGCCUGUGGAAAGGGCGAAAUGGCCGAAAGUACUUAUGCCAUUACGAGGAAUGGUCAUCUGGUGGAGUUCAAUGCGCGAAGAUUGCUGGACAAGUGGGUGAUGUGUAGGACGACAGCGGCCAAUUGUAUGGUCACCAGUACAAAGUAUAUUUUAGUAGGUUGCGCAGAGGCAAUCGUGAGGGUGUUUAACGCUGAAACGCUGGAGUACAUAACGACCCUCCCUAGGACGCACUUUUUAGGAGUAGAUGUAGCGCAGGGUGUCCACAUCAACCACAUGAUGACGGUGCCUCAAAAUGCCAAGUACCCGGAUACGGUAGCAAUCGUUUACGACGAGAAUCGUGGAAAAGUUACCUGCGUGUACAACGAUCACAGUUUGUAUAUCUGGGAUCUUCGAGAGAUCCGCCGGGUGGGCAAAAGUCACUCCUUCUUGUACCACUCGGCGUGCAUCUGGGGAGUGGAAACCGUGCCAUUUAGUUAUUUGUUGAAGCACAACAUAUCGGAAACGCUGCCAUCGGAUAGCUUCCUGACUUGCUCGUCGGACGACACCAUUCGAGUGUGGGACAUCGAAAACGGCGAGUCAACGGAUAUGUACCGGAAGAACAUCUACAGCAAAGAGUUGAUGAAGGUAAUCUACAUCGACGAGGAAUUGAACUUUAUCAAGGAUACAGACAAUCCGAUUCAUAAUACGGAGAAAAACUCCAGCUACGAUGGGAGGAAUGGUGUACGAUGUAUAAAAAUAAGUCCCGACAACGGCCAACUGGCCACCGGAGAUAGAAGCGGAAACAUUCGCAUAUAUAAUCUCAGUAAUCUUAAGUUGAUCACAACGAUCGAAGCUCACGAUUCAGAAGUGUUGUGCUUGGAGUACACGAACGAUAAAAUCGAACGAAAGCUGUUGGCCAGUGCCAGUAGGGAUAGGCUCAUUCACAUCUUUGACUGUGAGGCCGGCUAUCGAAUUCUUCAAACGCUAGAUGAUCACUCGAGCAGCAUCACUUCGGUGCGGUUCAUCGGAACGGGCAAGCAGUUCCAGAUGGUGUCCUGUGGUGCCGACAAAUCCAUCAUCUUCCGCAACUUUCAAAACAAUGUCUUUCUUAGGGGCAACAACUGCUCCGGCAAAAAUACGCUUUACGAUAUGGAGGUAGAUAGUAAUUAUAAACACAUUUUGACCGCGUGCCAAGACAGAAACAUUCGAGUCUACAGUACCCAGAAUGCAAAACAUACGAAGACUUUUAAGGGAUCGCACUCGGACGAAGGAAGUUUGAUCAAGGUUAGUUUAGACUCUAGUGGUAUCUACAUUGCAACUUCCUGUACGGACAAAACCCUCAGCGUUUACGACUAUUACUCGAACGAAUGUAUGGCUCGGAUGUACGGCCACAGUGAACUCGUAACAGGUCUGAAAUUCACCAACGAUUGCAAGCAUCUAAUUUCGGCUAGCGGUGAUGGCUGUAUCUUCAUCUGGCAGGUUCCACAUGAUAUGAUCGUAACGAUGCAGGCUCGCCUCUCACAGCAAGCUCUCCGAUCUGGACAUCAACCAAUUCCACGACCUAUGUCCAAUCCCUUCACCGAUGCCAUUCUGGAGCAUCAUCAACCGGCCAAUGAUCAAUAUGGUUCACCGCCAAACAAUCUGUUCAUUGAGGAUGCCCCGGUAACUCCCGGAUAUCGAUUCUCGGACGUUGGCCAACUUCCUCAGUGGGCCAAAAGAAAACCAACGGAAGAACAAUCGAACUCCCCUGUUCUUGGGAGCAGCCCUAGUCAAAAUCAAGCAUUCGGAGGACCACCCAAACCACGUGGCCGAUGGGGUCAAAAGGGUCAGUUCGAUGAAGCUCUUGACUUACGAAACAUCGUCGACAAUCCAUUGAAUACUACCUACAGUGCUGAUAAGACCCUUCACCACGCCAACAACAACAACACCACCAAUACACCAACAUCGGGAUACAACAGCGGCAGCUCCAAGGAUGUGUACAGCAAUGCCUACCUGAGCGAGGACAGCUCGAUCGACAGUGGUCGCGAAAACCGACGGGACGUUUCGUCGUUCCUGCACAAGAAGAUUUCCGAAACGAAAGCGCUCAGCUCGUUGAACUCGGAAUCGAACACGGAACAUGACGGGGACGUUGAGGACAUUUCGGAUGGCGAACGGACCAGUUCCGAGCACGGAAUGGUAUACUAUCCGACGGCAGCACCCUCAACACCGACAGAUUUCAAAAUCAACGAAAUUGACGUCAACGAGCUGCGGAAGUCGAUCCGGAGGCAGAAGCUGGAAAAACAGGGUCUCAGCAUUCCGGUGCAGUUGCAGCUACAAAGUGCAGCUUCCACCGGAACCGGAACUGGUACCUCGGACGACGAAGACGAAGGAUCGACCCCCAGCGGAGACAAUGCGGAUCGAUCGCUAGCCUCUACCCUGGGUGGAAGCUCCGAAAGUAUACCGCAGCAAACGUCGUCCACCUUUCUGCAGGCAGCACUCGAUGGACCGGCCAGCCUUUCCGACAGGGAACGAGUACAAAGUCGCAAAAGUAUCAGUGCAAUGCAUAACAACGACGCCAAAAUCACUACGAGCAUAUCCAAGUCCUACGCCAAUAACAAAAAGGAGGAACUGAUGAAGGUCAUCAACGAAGCCAAAGCCAAGUUGGAAAAUCGGAUCUUUUUCCAUAACAAACGUGACGUUAAGUCCUCCUACUCAUUAAAUGUUGUUCAUUCUAAGGUUGGUUACCGAUCCGGUUUGCGCGCUAGUCAAAGUAUAUCCGAUCUGAGCCACUCGGCCAUGAUGAGCGGCAGUCCCGGUGGGCCCGGCCGAUUGCAACGGUUAGGUGGUGAUAAUUCUUACUACUGUCGAAACAAUGCUGCACAGCAAAAUUCAUCAGUAAAUAGUUUUAAUUACUUGAACUGUGCUGCGCCAAGGUCGCGGAUAGUUCAGAAUUGCGCCAUGAUCAAUCAAAUUCAACAAGAGCUUCCACCCUAUCCUAAAAAUCUCGGAAUAUACCCUGCCCAGCAACCUGAUGAGGAAGAAAGUGACGAAGAGAAUACUACGAUUCGGCCGGAUAAGUUGGAGCUUCCGGAAUUGCCUCCGGUCCCAGCAGAUAAGCUGCGGAAGCAUCCGGGGAUAUUAAAAAACUACAAAUCGUGUCCCGUAUCUCCGGUUCACGAAGAACAGGAGUGGAGUAUGUUAUCGACUCAUCAGGAUGGUGGAGAAGUUCCGGGUGCCACCGGAGAAGGAUCUCGACAAAGAUCGCAUCGACAGGGUCGGCAUUCGAUGUACUACGAAGACGCUAAAACUAUUCUGGAUAUGAUUCAUUCCGAUACGGAAAAGAUGAUCCAGGAAAUUACUAGCAAGUACGGUGAUUUGGACGAUUUGGAGCCCAAAAAGUCCACAAGCGAAGGCCCCCAACAGCCAGCAAUUUCCUCGGAUGAACAAUUUAAGCACUUGGACAUGAGCCGAGACAAUGUAGAAGGUUUGAAAAGUACCGCUAGAAAGGAACGACAUGAGUUUGGUUUUUUGGAGGAAGAUCCCAACUUCAGCUCCGAUUCCCUAGAAGACUGCAGCUUAGACUUAGACAUUGGUAAGACUGAACAGAGUAAAAGUAAACGUAACACCUGUGCCAAACAUCAGAAGCGCCAAGAUUCACUGCCAAAGCGUUCCGUUUCGGAUUACUUCAUGUACGACAACUUUCAGCCGGCUGUUCCUUAUCGAAAUGUUUCCCUGUCGGAUAUCCUGGAUGACGAUAAGUGUCGGCAGAGUGUUGAAAAUAGAUUUCUGGAAACGCAACGCCACUCAAGUGCCAGCUUUUUCCUAGGCCAACACUAUCCAGAAAACCGGAAAAGUCAGGAGAGUUUGCUUUCCGAUGAAUACGGUAGUGGAGGUGUCAGUUUCUGCAACAGCAUGGAGAGUAUACUGUCGGAUGAUUCCGAGUGCAAAAGUGCCCCGUUGGAGGUUCUGUUCGGUAGAAUCAAACGUGAUCGUAACUACAGUGCCAAUUAUGAAUACAAAAUUGAAGCCAAUUGCAACUCAAAAUCGUACGGAUCAAGUCCUAACGCCAGUAGUGGCUUCGAUUACUACAUGCAGGGUAAUUAUUUCAACAGGGAUGCCCCGGAAACCUACACUUUAGACAACUUGGAAGCUAACCGACGAAUCGCCGAAUCGCGAUCUCCGAAACACAAACGCCAAGCAGUACCAGGAAUGCCAACCUCAAUCAGUUAUCCUAGAUUCCUGUCCAGUUCAGCAAUAACAGCCGCGGAGCUAGCGGAAGAAGAUGAAGACUUCAUUCCUUCUUUGACGUCUAAAGCCGCACAAUACGGAGGCGCUACGGUCAAAAGUCUCAGCAAAGACUUUGCCAAUCAACGCAAGCAGAUGAACUCCAAUCCUAUGUACAACUGUGAAGGCAAUGAGCUCUUCGUCAGGAAAACUGUAAACGCAACUAACCAAAUCACUCGUUCGGAUAUUUUUGGACACGAAUCUUCCUCCGUCUACGUGAUGAAAAAAUCCUGUAGCUUCGAGAUCGAAAUGGGCGGUCGGCGAAUCGCAAGGAACGCCAAAAAGUUCGAACAAAAUCUGCAACGUUUCGAACAGGAACGGCAACAGUUUGGUACGGAUCGGUAUCGACUCGGAGCAACCCUGGAAAUGGAUUACGUUCCCCACAAACCACCGGUAGCACAUCGAAGGUCUUCCAGCAUGAAGGGUCGCGGCAGGGUACGCUCCAAGGAAAAAUUCAACACAAUCAUCGGUCAAAUGUCUUCCUCCGUAUUCGAAGAUAAUCGAUUGCGGGACUUUGUAAACAAAGAUUACAUGCCAAAAGAUCUGAACAUCGCACCGGGUUGUUCCAAGAUUCGGAACCUGGAUACCGGUGAAGAGAAAUCCUUCGAAAUCUACGUUGCCGAAAAAGGCGUUUGUGAGGACGACAACAUGGAUAGCCUAGAGCUUCUGUCGAAGCCGGAUAUGCGAAAAGAGAAUUCUGUAGACUCCCUGGACGAUCUAGGGCACCAGCAUCAAACAGAAAUACCCGUUAAAGGUCGAACCGAUUUGGAAAAACUAGUCGAUUUUAGCCUGAUAGCUUCCUCCGAAGAGUACAGCAAAUUUUUGGACAUCGAGAAGAAAAUCGAUAUCAUCAACAAACUAGUAGAAAUGGAGGAACGUAAACUUGAACAAGAACGCACAGCCAAAGAGAACCGAAUGAAACCUUUCGAGUGUGAUACUCGCCAGAAAGGCUACGUCAAAAGCCUUACCGAAAAUUUCGACAAACUCGCUCGGCAAGCCCAGGAAGAGCUUGACUACGAAAAGAACUGGCACAUGACGACCGGAGCGAAGAUGAAGAGGAACUUCAGUCUUCCCGACGUUCUAGAAGGAGCGAAGUUCCAAUCGUUGGAAUUCGGGGACAUUGAUGAUUUCUUCAAACAGAAGGACGAGGAAGAACUGUCGGAGAAGGAUGAACACUCGCUGAGCUAUGCCGAGGGUGAAGGCGGUAAUCCCAGAAGCUUACUCUCUGCGCAAGAUAGUGAUGAGUCAUCGAUUAGACGUGCUUGCUCGCUUAGUGAUUUGAGUAUGGGAAAAGCAACAAACUACAAACCGAUACCCAGCGGACGAAGUCCGGCACAGCCUCGAAAUGUCCCGAAGCGAAGCACUUCCUCGGUUGGCAAAGGCGGAGCUUCACUGUCCUCCGGAAUGGGAGUCCGAAGCGUGUCCGUUGGCACCUUGAAUCAGGCGAGCGACUCCGAGACGGAACCUCUAUCGGCAAACCGUGGCGGAGUGUUGAAACCGACAAUCAGUUCCCAGAACAAGAUCAACGGAACCACCGGUACCAAUGGCGGCAAAUACAUCAACCCACGCAGUGCGGCCGGAAUCAUCAACCGGCGGAAGGGUCUCCAGAGUGCCUAUAGUAGUGUGAACAUCUCAUCGACCGGUCAGGAUGAGUCCAGCUCGGAAGAAUCUCCCACCAGUACCAGUGUGAAUGUGGCACCGACCAAACCGGCCGUGCCACCAAGACCCCGCAGCAUCGCCCUGGAUCACCACAAGCGGAUAGCCGGGGUCAAUGCUAGCUUGAAUGCCAAGAAAACCCCGGUCGGAGCUGCAGGAGGUGUAGCCGGUUCCAGUAGUCAUUUGGACAUGGAAGGCCUGCUACUGAAGGAUGGCGAUUUGGAUAAUGCGGAUUUAACAAACCAGCUGUGUUCGAACAUCAUCAACCAGCUGGUACAGACGACGAGCUCGGUCAUUCAGCUGCACCAGCGGCUGAAGUCGAACGACGAAUCGAGUGGUGGAAGCGGACGAAAUGCCAAUUCGCUCAUGAUCAAGGAGCUGGAGAAUGCGGUCAUCAUGACGCAGAAUAUGCUCACGAAGGUUACGAACAGAAACAUUGGCGGCGAUCUGAACAACAGCACCAGCAUGUACGAAAAGUGCAACGACAUCCUGAACCAGGUGCAGAAACACGUGAACAACAACGGCUGAAAACGAGUAGACCGUAGCAGUGAUGAAAGUUAGAUUCGGAUAAGAGCGGCGCGUUAUCAUUAUAGUAGUAGAUAGUCAUUAGGGAAGAAACACAAAGUUUAACUUUUCAACUCCAUCAUUGUAGAAUGUGCAUAAAGUGCGUACCAAAUCGGGAGAAAAAUCGGAAUAACGAUUUGGUUUUUUCUUCUUUUAUUUGUACAUUAUUGUGGUUCUAACCUUGGCGAUUCGAUCUUCAAGAAGCGAUCAGAUUCGUCAAGGUUUUUGGAAAAAAAUUGAAUCUAAGCCAAUUUGGAACGAAAAGUUUUUGAAAAGCAUCGUCUUAUCGUGUGUAUGCGAAUGAGUGUUUCUGAAAAAUAGAAAAGUAUUUGGGAGUGAAAAAAAGAGAAUCAAUUGUUCCAGUGAGUUUUUCUGAAGCCAACUUCCAGUUAACAGAGAAAAAUUAAUCUAAAACAAAAUAAGCGAGUUGCUAACCGAAACACAAACUCAUUUUAAAAGGUUUGAACGAAAAAAAAGGAACAUGGAAACAAACUUUCGUCCAAUUUAGUUGUUAGUUAAUUCCAAACAACCGUUGCUUUUUGAUGAUCAGUGAGAUCUGUGGGAUGUUAAACGGGAUGAAAAUUCACCACAGAUGAUCGUGAACGGAAUUGAUAUUGUUUAAGUUUGAGAACCGGUUGACUUUUUUUACUGGAGGAAUUCGCCAUAUCUAGAUUUGAUAGUUGAGAAGUGGUAGUAAUUUCGUUUUUUUUUUGUCUGUUAAACGGCAAUUCUGUUUUUUUUCUCUUAAAAGUCAAUGACGAUUAGGUGAAGCUUAAAAUAUUAGCGCUAUCUGCUUUUAAAUAUUAAAUUAUUACACUUAUAAAGUUAGUAAAAAUGUUUAGCUACUACUUAAACUUACUUUAGCUUUAAAUCUUCUAAAAGUUUUGAAUGUUACUUGCAAAAAAAUCAUGUUUCCAUAGUUGGAUUUGAAUUCGAUUCUGGCGAUUGUCUGUAAGCCGAAUGAUCAUGGAUUCAUGGAUAACAAAUCGAGUUCCAGCCAGAAGGUAGACUAGAAAAUUAACAGUUUUAACACGUUCUAGGUAUUCGACAGAAGAAGGUCAUUCAUGGAAUAACAACUUAAUAAAUAUUAAAUCAUAUUGAUUUAUCCUACUAAUUUUAAGCAAAGUUUUAAGAUAACUAAACUGUGGAUUAUCCGUUGCCCUCGAAAUUAGUUUUCUUUUCCCUAUAUUGUUUCCCGAAAGUUUGUAAAAACAGAAGUUUGAUAGUAUCAAACAGAGCCGGAUCAAGUAUCUCAAUCAUCGAAAUAUUCUAAAACAUACCUGCAAAAAGGAAGAGAAACUACAUAUUAAAUACAACAAUAACUCAAAGCUACUCUUGACGAGUGUAGAAAAACCAAAAUCAGCGAUUUCAUUAGCAAGCGAAACACAAAUGGAGAAAACUUUGCUUUCACAAACUCAAAUCACCUCAUGCCAGUCGGGAAAUUGAAUAUUAAACUAUUAAUCUUAGAAGAUGAAACACUGUAACAAUGUAACCUAUUUGUAUACUCACCUUUGUAAAAACUAAAAAAAAAGAAAGCCAAAAUCAACACAGUCUACUCACAGCAAUACUAACUAACUCGGUAAUUUUUUGGGCAAAAACAAAUGCAACAAUUCUAAGCUACAUUGUAUUAACAUACAGAAAAUCGACAAAUUUAACUCACAACGCUGCGAUAAUGGAAAGAGAGACAAAUUACAAACUUAAAUCUACCCCCUCAUUCAUCCUAUAGCAUUUUACUCUGGUAAAGAUUAUCAUUUAAAUUAUUGAAACUAAACUAAACUUGAACUAAACUAAACUAAACUAAACUAAAAACCAACCAAUGAGAAACAAACUGAAAAAAAUUUAAACAAAACGAGAAUUGAUAAGUGUCAAAUGCUGACCAGGGAUCAAUUGACCCUGGGCUAGCUUGAAACCGUAAUAACGUAAAAACAGCGUCGAGUUGAUUGUUGUGAGAAGGAAAACAAAAAAUGGACAAAUAUAUUUAAACAAAAAAAAGUCAUAUUUUAAAAAUGAACGAUUUUUCCAAUGCUUUUGGUGUUUGUUUAAUUCGAAUUUUCCUUGCUGCUCUCAGGUUUAACGGACGCUUUUCAUUCUCUGCUUUGAGUAGAAUUUAUCAUUGGCAUCGUCUCAUCCUCAAACAUCUUACAGCUGCUUCCGAAAACUAAAGUCGUUUCGUUUAGUUUUAACGGUAAGCACAUGACACCUUCAGGUUUGCAUGCGGAGGUUUGCGGUUCUUAAGCAUUCCUUUUUUAACAUUCUCAGCACCAAGCUGAAACUGUUGAAAAAAGUAAAAUGUUUUAGACCCCUAAAAAUGAAGUGCGAUUUUAUCUUCUAAGGUGAGUAUUUUCAACUUUUCUACUAAUUAUUUUAACCUCAAAUAACAGCAGGUGGUACGUUUUAAUGUUCUGAUAUCUUUUAAUUGAAUUUAAACCUCCAGGAGCGAUUGUUCGACCAUUUUAGUUUUAAGUUGAAUUUGUACAUGAAUUGUGAAUAAUUAAUCCCCCUCCCUAGAAAUGUUUAACAGAUCAAAAGAAACGAACAAUGAUUCCGUCCCUUCGUCUUUGUUUAUAGAACGUGUGUAAAAUUUUCCAAUAAAGCUCAGCCGUUGUUGUUCAGAAAAAUGAAAAUAGAGAAAA